CAGGGCGGGGAGUGGUUGAAAAGCGAAAGAGACCACAAACCUUCUUUACUAGGCAUACAAAACAAACACAUCAAAAUCCCCCAACCAAACUCGAAAGAGAAAUGAUUCUUAUUGGGAUCAACCGAAACAAAGAAAAACAAGUACAGAAUAAUCAACCCCUUCUCCAAUCCCCAGCAUGGUCUCUUGUCCAAGGGUAAUGUCGAUGGACCCAACGUCUCCCUUGCUUCUCUUCUCUUUCUCUUUCUCUUCACACAAAAGUUAACAAAUCUCUCUCUGUGCUUUCUUCUCUCCAUGGUUCUUUAAUGGCGAUGAAGCAUAGAAAGCUCUUCCCGACGCAAACCGCAACGAAUCAGAGCGUGGACUGCAUAGAUUUCUGUGACUCGACAUGUCCUUACAACUGCUACAUUUAUCCAGACUCCUUGAUUCCCCCCCCACCACCAGCAUCCCCACGUCCACCAACUCUCUCCACCCUUGAUCAGAAUGAUUCCCCCAACAUCUCACCCUACGUGAUCAUCGCAGUUGCCUUACUAGCGGGUUUCUUCCUUCUAGUCUGUUUCAACGCCAUCAUAGUCAAGUACUAUUGUGGUUGGAGAAGAAGAAAUCACUCUCCACCAUCUGAAUCAGACGGCAGAGAUGAAGAGUUUCUUGAUGAGAAUCGAGGCCCGGCAAUCGACCAUCCCAUCUGGUUUAUCACCACCGCUGGUCUGCAACAAGCGAUCAUUAAUUCAAUUACCGUCUGCAAGUAUAAAAGAGGUGAGGGCUUGAUUGAAGGGACCGAGUGUUCGGUUUGUCUGAGUGAAUUUCAGGAAGAUGAAACUCUUCGGUUGCUACCCAAGUGUAACCAUGCUUUUCACAUCCCUUGUAUAGAUACAUGGUUGAGCUCACACACCAAUUGUCCCUUAUGUCGUGCACGUAUUAUCUCUGACAUUGUCAACCCUCCUCUGGAAUCAAAUGAUCAAAAUUCUCGUAGUUUGGGUCCAAAUGAACAGACCCAGAUGGAGAAUUCUAGUAACGAUACUGAAUUGGGUAACAAUCUGGUGAGGAGUAGGGGGUUUAUGAAAGUACGGUUGGGAGAGGGGGUACAGGCGAAUUACAGAUUCUGGAUGACGGAAGAACUUCAAAGGAGGGUGUGAACUCCAAUGGGGAUGUUGUUCUUGAGGUAAAUGGCAAUUCUGCUAAUAAUCAUGUCGUGAAUAGUGAGAUACAACCAGUGAGGAGGUCUCUCUCUAUGGAUUCUUCUUCAGCUGCAACUAUCUUUUUUGGUUUGGCUAAAUUUCACGCAGAUGAAUCCAAAGGGAAUUGGGUUGAUGAGACUAUGGAUGGGCGAAAAUUUGAUUCAGGUAGCGUUCCAAAGAGGGAUGUUGCAUAUACAAGCACCUUCAGACAGAUGGGGAGUCCUUCCAUUGCGCAGUGUUUGCAUAAAGGCCCUAUUUCAAUGAAAAGGUCAAAUUCAUGCGGAGGGAGAUUUUUCUUACCUAGACAUAACCGGAGCACCAACGCAAUUCUUCCCUUGUGAAGCUUUAUCUUAUAUGAUAGUUUAGGGCUGGGUGAAAUGCCUUCAAUGCAGCAACGUCUCAGGCACUCUCUAUAAGCCCGCGGGAGUCCCAUGAUUCUGUUCGUAGUUUGUAAAACCUGCGUAUAUAACAAAAGUCAUAAGAUGCUGAAAUGUGUAGGAACAUAAGAAAAAAGGCAUGAACUUGGGAAGGAAGUUGAUUUUGAAGAAUAAAGGAUGGUACGAUGAACUCCAGUUUCCAGUUCUGGGGGAGAACUCAAAUAAGUUUCUGGAUCACAAAGAACGAAAUGCAGGAUUGGUGAAUGCCUCAGAAAGAAAGGUACCAAAUUUUGCACCCAAGAAGUCAUCUAUGUUUUUUUCUUAUUAAAUGUUAUGCAAGGAAUGUAAAUACAGAGUUGAUUCCUUUUCGCUCUCAAUCCAGUGAUCAUGGAACUUUAGAUAUUGGUCUCUUGAGAUAUAAAUCUCCAGUUCUAGUAAUUGCGUUAGCUUUCAUACCAUGUACUGGUGGAAAUGAAACUGGUUUGAAACAUGAAAGUAAGAUGUUUCUAUUUCUUCA